AUGGACAUUCCCACAAGAUGGACUGUUGGUAACAGCUUGGUUCUUACUGUAUCCUUGUCCAGCAAAACCAAACAAAAGAAGAACGCAGAUUUGACAGCGAUCAUAGUCUUGGCUUUUGUUGAUUUAUUUGUCUUUUUGUUUCUGAUCACUGGGCUUUUCAUCGUAUCAUGGUUGCCAUUUUGGACACAAAUGGCGGUCGAUGAUGAUGAUUGA